AGAGACAAACAUAUAAAAAUCUUCUCUAAAAAUUAAUUAUAACUAAACUUUUUUAACAUUUUCAAAUAGAAUUUAGGAACAAUAUUCAUAUGAAUGGAGACAAAUAUCAUAAAUUGGAGAUAAUUGGGUGAUUCAAACCCUAAUUUUACUCUUUUCCGAUGCUUAAUCGGUUGUAAUUUUGGCAUUUUUAACCUUAAAUUUAAUCUCCGAUCGGCGAGGAAAAUGCCGUCGAACGCAGAUGUAGAUCGGCAGAUCGAGCAAUUGAUGGAGUGUAAGCCGCUACCGGAAGCAGAGGUGAAGACGUUGUGUGAUCAAGCGAGGGCUAUACUUGUGGAGGAAUGGAAUGUGCAGCCAGUCAAAUGUCCGGUCACAGUUUGCGGUGAUAUUCAUGGACAGUUCUACGAUCUGAUUGAGCUUUUCCGGAUUGGUGGAAAUGCUCCAGAUACAAACUAUCUCUUCAUGGGCGAUUAUGUUGACCGUGGGUACUAUUCAGUGGAGACUGUCUCACUCUUGGUUGCUCUGAAGGUCCGUUAUAGAGAUAGAAUCACAAUUCUUAGGGGAAACCAUGAAAGCCGACAAAUCACUCAGGUGUAUGGUUUUUAUGAUGAAUGCUUGAGGAAGUAUGGAAAUGCCAAUGUUUGGAAGUAUUUCACUGAUCUUUUUGAUUAUCUACCACUGACAGCACUAAUUGAGAGUCAGGUAUUCUGUUUACAUGGAGGACUCUCCCCUUCUUUGGAUACACUGGAUAACAUACGAUCAUUGGACCGUAUACAAGAGGUUCCACAUGAAGGACCAAUGUGCGAUCUCCUGUGGUCUGAUCCAGAUGAUCGGUGUGGUUGGGGAAUAUCACCCCGAGGGGCUGGUUACACCUUUGGACAGGAUAUAGCAUCUCAGUUCAACCACACCAAUGGGCUCACUUUGAUUUCUAGAGCCCAUCAGCUUGUCAUGGAGGGUUAUAAUUGGUGUCAGGAUAAGAAUGUUGUGACAGUAUUUAGUGCUCCAAACUAUUGUUACCGGUGUGGUAACAUGGCUGCAAUUCUAGAAAUAGGAGAAAAUAUGGAGCAAAAUUUCCUUCAGUUUGACCCAGCUCCACGGCAGAUAGAGCCCGACACCACAAGGAAGACUCCUGAUUACUUUUUAUGAUUCCAAUGGUUGCACUAAUUGUUUGUAGCUCAUUGACGUCGUAUUGCUGUAGAUGUGUCUUAAAAAGAGGAGUUUUAUCAUUUGAGGAUUAUUCUCAACAUCAUUCUUUUGUUUGGAGGUCGUUCUGCGGCUGGUUUUGGAUAUAUAUAUUCCUGAGGUUCAUCUGAGAGUUGAGAAGAGGCACUGAAGGUUUGUCAUGUAUAUUGUUUUUUUUUUAAAGGGAGCAGCAAUAGCAUGGUGCAUUGUGUCCUAUAAUUUUGAAUUUUGUGCUAGAAAGGUAUUUCCCAUCCCAAGUCUUUCAUGGUCAGUCACCCCUAUCCCUCUCUUUCUUUUAUGGACAUAUUUCGAACUGUGCAGAAGAAUUGAAGAGGAAGUACUCGGCAUUUGUCUGUAUAUUUGGUGUUCCAUAGGAUGUAUCUCAAGUUGAAUUUUCCUCUU